AUGGAUGAUGAGACUCAGCUUUUGGGUGAUGAGGAAGAUGGUGACGACGAGAGCCCCCUUGCUUCUGCAGGGCCUGCGCUUCAUGUACCUAAGACUCCCUCUAUCCUCGCCCGUAGUCCCCGCGGCCCCGAGGGGCUAGCAGGAAGACUCUUGAAGGAUGAUGAGACAGCCAGACGCGAGGCCCUCCAGGACGCUGCGAGUGCUGCCGAGGCAUUGAAAGCUGCGAAGGGAGAGUUAGAUGUGAUUCCUCUGGAAGCCCCUAACCCCUAUGCUGCUGCGGCCUCCCCGCCACCAAGUACUACUCCCCGGGAUGAACUCACACUGCCUAAGCUGAAACCUAAAGCCUCUGAGAAGACUCAUAGUUGGGUUUCUGAACUAAGGGACAUGGUUACGGGAGGGCAGAGAGAGAUCAUGAGUGAACUCCAUAAUCACAAGACCCAGCUUACACAGGUUGGUCAUCAGGUCCAACACUUGGACAGAAAGCAGGAGGACCUCUCCAAAGCACAGGCUGACAUGUUUGAGCGCCUGAACAACAUGGAGGCUGAGGUCAAAGAACUCCGAUCUCGUUCCAGAUCGGUCAGCCCUGCCCCCCCACACCUCCCCCAUCCCGACCUGAGCCCCAGGUCCACCACGGCCAGCACCAUUAACAAACAGGUUGUCGACGACUUUCAGGUUGUGAUCGGAGGGUGGGAGGAAGCUAAAAGGGCCGAGGUUGAAAACGAGAUUAGGACCAAGUUUGCACGGGUGGAGUUGUUGUACACAGACCAAAAUUUUGCUGAGAGACGUCGAGUUCAAAGCUUGGUCAUCAACGCGCUCAAAACACUCUUCAACACCUACUAUAGCUCCAUUCCCGGGCAGCAAGCUCGGAAGCUCUGGAUUACCAGAAACCGCAGCCGCGAAGAGCGUGAGAAAAUCCGUGCCUUGGUCAGCAUCAAGGAGUGGGCAUUGAAACACACCUCAGAAAUCUUUAUUGAUCUCGAUUGGAGAGGUUGGUGGGUGCAUGCCCCGCAGCUUGGACGUCUUCUCUCUUUGGACCCUGAGCAGGAUCCGGUUGACAUUCUUUUCCUCCAAGAAGUUGGAGGGUUUUCCACGGUCCCUGAAGGGGAGUGGAAGACUGAUAACCUGUGUUUUUGUGGAGAGACCUACAGUGGUGACACGCCAUACUUUUGGUGUGGGCUUCCUCCUUCAGUGCAGGAUGUCUGGCUGAGCUGCCUCUCCCAGCUUGAUGAAACUUUGGCGCUAGCCCGAUACCAUGACGUGAUCCUUUUAGGACUGGAAUUCAAUGCAUGUUGCGGUAUUACGUGGGAAGCGAGGGGCGAGAGUAGCACUAUCGAUUGGACCUUCGUAAAGCUUUGCCAUCAGACCAUGUACCACUUUUCGGCGUGUUCACCGGGAGACUUGGCCUCAAACUUAGGUACAGGAGCUGAUCCGACAAAGGUCCAACAGGAAGCACUGCUACGCAAACAUUCGCCCGCAGAAGCCAGUCCUAUAACAGACGAGGAGAUUGCGGACUCCCAGGGGAAGCUCAGGACCUUCUUCGACAAGAUCUUGACAGGGUCCAUUGACGUUCCGAGGGAUUGGGUCACGGGGAAAAUCUGCCUGAUCCCCAAGGCCGGACAACAUGCGUGCCGCCCGGGCACACAGGCGAUCGAAGCUGUGUCAGCAGCCCAAGCUACGCUUCGUAUCUAUCAGACACGGAGCCUUCACGUGAGGCUCAAUCUCGACAAGUGUUCAGUGCUUGAUCAGGAAGAUGGGACGACUCCGGCAGUUUGGGGCAGGAAGUGGGGGUACGGCUCCUCAGAGAUCGCCCGCCUUCCUGACAAUUAUCUGUACGAUCGUCAACUUGUUCUUGUCGGUAAGUCCCUUGCUGUCCUUAGGUUCUUGAGUCUGGAGGGCUUUUUCAGGAUCUUGAGGAGGUCUUUGAACGACAGAAAGGGGGGGGCAGGGCGGACAUUUUAUUGCCCAGCGCUGAUUGUGCCACGUGCCAGGCCGCCCCCCCCGGCGCCUAUGGCACCGGACUCAAGCAUGGCUCAAUCACCCUCCUUCGAGGGGCAGACACCGUGGUACAUGAAUGAGUGGGCCAUGCAGAUCAUGACACAGCUGCUCACGAUUGCACUGACUCUUCUUGUCAUUGCAGUUGUUAGAGCUUGGAAUAGGUGGACUCAGAAGCCUGUACCAGCACCGGUUUCAGAGCCCCCCGCGACGACAUCAACUUCGACAGCUACGGCACCUCAUGCUGGUGGAGCUGAACAAGGCUCUACUAAGGAGAAGCCCGACAAGAAGUCUAUUGAUCCUGCAUCACCUGCAAAGAAUAAGACUGUUGAUGCAGCUCCCCCGCCAAAAUCUGUGGAUGCAAAGGAUGGGCCUGCUGUGGAUGCUUCCCAACAACCUGCGCAGGCGAGCACAGACGACUCUGGGGCCAAGAAGUCUCUAGGAACGGGAGAGACCAUUCAGGUGACCCCCAAGGUCCUCCACUCGGAGAUCAAGACAGUACGUGAGUGCCUACAGCAGUUUUCUGAGCGUGUCCUGAGCCUCCUCGAUGGCGCAGAGGGUUUGGGCGGGAAGACAGAUCAGACGAUCAAAGAGUCUGAAAGCAUUAAAAGGGAGAUCCUGACUGUCUUGAAGUACCUCGCUGCAAGUGACAAGGACGUCAAGGAUGUUAACACCCGCCUGACAGGCAUCGAGGCGGUGCUGGGCCAGCUGAAUGGUAGGGUGCAGACCAUCGGCACGAACUUCGACAGCAUGGCCAAGACGCAGGACUCCCUUUUGAAGGAGAUACAGAAGCACUUGACUGCCAUUGGUGGGGCGGCCAAGAGCUACAGCGCGGACACACAGCUGCUUAUAGGAGUGAAACACGAUAAUUUGGAGCACGGAAUCAAAGAGGUCCUGAAGCAGAUGAAGAACACCGACUUCGAGAGCCACUCCUCGGUGACCCGCCAGCUCACCGAGUUGUCAAAACAAACAGAAGGCUUGGGACAAGAGCUUUUGGCAGCGCUUCACCUGGUCCAAUCGGAGCAGGCCAGCCACAAGGACAACAUCUGGCAAGUGGCCCAGGUGUUGGCCGACGCAGUAGACCAAGUCCGCACAAUUAGGGACUACUGUGAACGCCCGCUUCCGGUGGCGAUGCAAGGCGGAGGGGCUAUGCCAGGAUCCUCGGCUCCGCCUCCUCCUAUGGCUCCCCCGAGUUACGAGCCGGCUAUCCCGGGUGGACGCCAACACAUCCACCUCCAAAGCGCACUGCCGAUCUCUCGUGCACAGGGCUCAUCGCCUCAGGUGACGGUGGACAUGGGAGACGGAAGAAGCAUCAACAUCCCGGUCCACAUGCAGCGCUGA